GUCUGAUGAAUAUCUUGAACCAACUGAUUCUAAAAAUAAUUUUCAACUUCCUGCACCAUCAACUCAAACUAUCGAUGAUAAAAAUGUUUUAAUCAAAACAACAAGAAAAUGGGAAUGGUUAGAUCCUGAUUGGAAUAUAAGUCAUGAUGGAGAUGUUGAUAAAGAUGGUUGGGUGUAUACAGAUAAUCAUUGGAAAAAUCCAACUUCAAAAGGAGGUUUUGGACGAUAUACACGUAAAAGAACAUGGGUUAGAACAGCGAAAUUGCCAUCCAUGUACACUCAGGCAUGUUUUCAUGGUGCCAUUUUUCCUUACAAUGGUGUCAAAGUGGCUAGAAAUGCUCUUGAUGAUAAAUAUAUCAGACAGUUUAGAUUGGUUAUAACUUUGUGCUGGGAUUGGAAAAAUAUUGGAUAG